AUGGACUCCAGUCAAGAUUCAUGGCAAAAUAUUUGUGAACGUCAAUGUAAUGAAGAUCCAUAUUCGAAUGAUGGCACAAUGAUCUUUCCACUUUUUCAUUUCAUUCUACUAUUUAAUUCACAAUCAUUGAAGAAUGACGAUUGUUUUCAUUUAUUACUCUUUACAAAUCAUUGUGCCUUCGAUGGUCGAAGUGGAUUCGUUCUUAUCAAUGACUUCUUAACUUUGGCAACAUCAUCAGAUUUGAAUCCCAUAGCUGAACCACUCAAUCUUGAUAUUCUUCCAUUGAUGAAUGAUUUGAUUCCUCGACCAUUUGGUCCUCUUUAUCCAAUAUUGACGUUUCUCGCUAAACGCCUCAUUAGAAGUGAAUUUAGAAAGUUAACUCGACCACGAAUCCCAAUCAAACUCUAUCCACUGCCAGAUAGUCAAUCGAAAAAAUUUCAUGUACCACGAUAUUACACGAAGUUUCUUUUUUCUUCAAGCUCUGUCGAUCUCUAUGAUUGUCUACACAAACAAUGUCGACUACGCGAACUCACAUUAAAUGGUCCACUCUAUGCAUGUCUCUUAUUGGCUAUUCAUUAUUGCUUUCCUCUGAAAGAUAAUAUUCGAUUGCAACCAUUUGCGAUUGGUGCUGCUUUCGAUAUGCGUUCACGUCUACCUAGGUCGCCCUUAACAAAGUCAUCUGUUGGACUCUUUAUUGGCGUUAGCGAAAUAGAACUUCGUCGGUCACUUUCGAUACGAUCUACUCGAUUUUGGUCUUUAGCGAAGAAAUGUAUGAUAAAUACUCGAAAUCAAUUGAAACGCAACGGCGUUCCAUUGAUCAUGAAUAUUUUGACUGACCUUGCUAGCAAUGAACAGAGUUUUCAACGAUUUACUCGAGAUUUCCCUGAUGGACGUCACUCGGAAUUGGCCUUCUCGAACAUUGGAAAAUAUCCAUUUGCGUGUGAUUACAGUAAAGGAGAAAUUCGCUUGCAUGGUUUACAUGUAAUAAACAAUAACAGUGUAUAUCGCACGUCGACAGUGGUAUUUGUUACAUGUGCCGGUGAUGGUCAGUUGGAUGUGUCCUUAUCUCAUGAAAUAGAUAGUGACGAAAGAGCUAAGCAAUUUCUCGACUUCUAUAUGCGUCUCAUUGAAACAUGUGCCAAUGAAAAACUUUGUCGUGAAGAAACAACCCUCACUGACAUUUUGCAAUCUGCUCAGUAG